UCUCGUUCGAGGAAGCGCGUUAAUCCCCUCUCUGAAAAAUCACGCGCAGCUCCAACUUUGCAUAAUAAUUCUUGACCACCAGUGACAAGUAGUACUGGUCGCCAAGACUGCUCGGCUAUUCAGUAUUCGUCGAAGAUGGCAAUGGUAAAGAUCGUAGCCGUGACGCUGCUAGCGCUCGUGUGUUAUGCCAAGGCAGACAGCAAGGUCAUUUGUUACUAUGACCACCGGUCUAAUUUCAGAGAAGGUAUGGGUAAAUUCGACAUCCCGUUUCUGGAACCAGCCCUCCAAGUUUGUACCCACUUGAUCUACGGUUACGCAGGCAUCAACCCCGACAACUACAAAAUGAUGCCCCUGAAUGAGGCGUUCGACGUCAACAAAGACAACUACAGGCACAUCACGGAACUGAAGAGGCGGUUCCCUGGACUGAGGGUACUACUGUCGGUUGGUGGGGGUAACGAUGAGUCUGGAGAGGGACAGGAGAAGAACCUGGUGUACAGGACUGUGCUGGAAUCAGUGGACCAUCGUCUAACGUUCAUUAACUCCGCGAAAGACCUGGUUAAACACUAUGGAUUCGACGGCCUUGACUUGGCCUGGGAAUUCCCAGAGACAAAGCCCAAGAAAAUCAGAAGCAGUUUUAAACAGUUCUUCGUCAACCUGAAACACAAAAUUGUGGGCGAAUCAGUGAUAGAUGAGAAGGCCGAGGAACACAAGGAACAAUUCACAGCCUUAGUUAGGGAGAUAAGAAACAGUUUUAGACAUGAUGGCUUGCUGCUUUCCAUGUCCGUUUUGCCAAAUGUCAAUAGUACCGUAUAUUACGAUCCAAGAAGUUUGGCUCCGCACUUGGACUUUGUGACCUUGAGAAACUUUGACUUCUACACUCCCCUCCGUAAUCCAAAAGAAGCCGACUACACAGCUCCUUUGUAUGAACUCCUCGACAGGAAAUCUGACGAAAAUGGUGACUACCAAGUACGAUACUGGCUCCAAAAUGGCUUCCCAGCAAACAAACUGAUUUACGCUAUCUCAACGUUUGGUCGAACCUGGAGGAUGACUGAAGACUCUGGACUGACUGGAGUGCCGCCGUUCUAUACCGAAGGCCCUGGAGAGGAGGGACCGUACACUAAAGAGGCCGGUUUGUUGUCCUAUCCUGAGGUAUGCUCCAAGAUCGCCACACCCAAGGAAAUCCAGGCUGGAUACCUUGGAAAACUGAGGAAGAUCAAUGAUCCCACCAAACGAUUCGGCACAUAUGCCUUCAGACUACCUAAGGAUGACAAAGAGGGCAUCUGGGUAUCCUUUGAAGAUCCAGACACGGUCACCAGCAAGGCAAGCUACGUGAAGGCUAAGGGUAUGGGAGGCGUAGCCCUCAUAGACCUUACCCUAGAUGAUUUCAGAGGUCUUUGUACUGGGGAUAAAUACCCUCUCCUCAGAGCUGCCAAGUUUGGACUGUAAACACCGUGUUGAAUGAUUUUAUAUUUGUGAAGGAGCAAGUUUCCACCUAUUAUCAAAAGUUGUAUUCACAGUAAUCUUCUUAAUCAAAUCGCACAAGAAAUCUCAAUAUUUCUCGAAUACUAGUAGUUCAGUUCGUUUACAUUUACGUGUAUUUAUGUUAAAGCCUGAAUCUUUCAGAAUACUGUAAGCAAAAAGAUCUGUCUAAGCAAUAAGGUGUACAUAAGAAAGUGUUUUUUAAUAUUGGGGUUGGAUGUAAACAGUAUAAAUCGACUGCAUUUAAUUUAAUCUAGUUUGACCUAAUAAAGUGGAAGUUUUUUAUUUA